ACUCGAGACGACCCGUUCGCAUGUGAUUGAUUGAUUCUUUGAUCGGUUCAUUUGAUGCUUUACGCCCUCGAUCUAACAUAAUAAAGACCCCACCAACAAUGCGGUCUAUCAUGUUAAUUAUAGACCACGUUGAUGGUGACGGUCCCUCCGUCCCUCGCAUUCUCACGACCACUGCGUGGCCGUGCAGAACCUGUUCAUAGUCCGAUUUUCCGAGUGUUUUUUCGUGGUUGGUUUAGCCGGUGUUUGUUGUUUUGCAUGGUUUUGCUUUUAUUAUUUCUUACUUGUUUACGAUCUGUUCGGUCGUGGAUACCCUCUUGGAGUGAAGUGGGAUGUCCGGAUAGAAGUAUAUAUAGAUUAUAAUUACAUAUUGUGAAAUAUUUUGUUUAAAAAACUUGUCAAAAUAU